AUGUCUACUUCAAUCGCAUCAAAGAUCGUCCUCAUUACGGGCGCUAAUCAAGGCAUUGGCUUCGCGAUAGCAAAAUCUUUAUCCUCAAAGCCAGAUUACCAUGUACUCAUGGGCAGUCGUGACGCGCAGCGGGGUAUCGAUGCAGCCAAGAAGCUCCAAGAACAGGGUUUACAUGUUGAACCCAUCACUAUUGAUGUCACUUCCGAUGAGUCUAUCGCGAAAGCCACCCAGCAAGUCAUGAACCAGUUUGGUCGUCUCGAUGUUUUGAUCAACAACGCCGGCGUGAGCCUUAAGGAGGAUGGCAUAUCCGGCCUUGAAUUGCGCAAAGUUUACCAGGACACCUUCGCCGUCAAUACCUUCGGCGCCGCGCUGACGACCGAAUCCUUUAUUCCACUUUUGAAGUCAUCCCCCACACCUCGGAUCGUCUUCAUGUCUACGGUCUUGAGUUCACUUACGAACGAGCAGAGAUACCCAGCUUAUCUGCCUCUCUACCGUAGCAGCAAAUCGGCACUCAACAUGCUCAUGAUGCAUUACGCUUCCACGUACAAAGAUGCUGGAUGGAAGAUUAACGCGAGCUGUCCGGGAUAUUGUGCUACGAAUUUGAAUGCUUUCGCGGGUAUGGAUACGCCGGAUAAUGGGGCUUUGAAUGCGGUCAGAUUGGCGACCUUGGGGGAGGACGGCGAGACGGGGACGUUUUCGAACAAGGAGGGGGUAGUUGCUUGGUAG